AGAGAUGGACAUAUGAACGCACCACAUGGGCACGGCAGUAGCACAGCCCGCAGGCCGCUGCCAUCCCACCGCUCUACGGAUCUCCACCCUCUCUCCCUCUUCCGCGAUGAGACAUGCGGGGACGCGCCCGAGAGCGGAUGACGCCGAAGCUAUAUGAGGCCACCACGGCCCUCCCCAUGCGCCGCUCCGCUGGAUGAGGACGUGCUGCAGCAGCGCUGGACGGGUCAUCCGCUGCUAGAGCUAGGUCUCCCAUCUCGACCCUGCCAAGAUCGAGAAGUGGAGAAUUUUGUGCUGUGCCAAGGUUGUCGACAGUUGACAAAGAGGAUGCCAAUUCUUCUGGUUUUAGAACCUGAUUCAGAGGACGAAGAAUUACAGAGGAGGAUACUCAAACUGAACAUAUUGAUUUACUCGGAAGCUUUGGCGCAGCGGCACGCCGCGCCUGUGAUGUUGUAUCAAUUUCUGUAAGAUUCUUGUAGCACUACUGUUGAACUCUGUUGUUUGGAGAGUAUCUACGUGUGAAAAUAGAUAUCAAAUCUCACUGUAAUUUGCGGGUGGUCUCAAAUAGUAGGAACUAACUAGAGGUUAUAACCGGCUCCUACUAUGUCUCUCCAGACAACAGGUUAUAUUGCUGUUCAACCUCCUGGUUCCAAAGUCACAUCAGAUCCAGAGAAAGAAAGAUAAAUAAGAUCCUGCACCUGAUGGCACCAAAAAAGGUGAGGAAAUGGAACUUCAAAGAAACAGGUGAAGCAGAUCUCCAUUGAGAAACACAUUCUGCUUAGAUCAUACAUCUAUUUAAGUCGCAAACUCUCUCAGUUUCUUCUCAGCAGAAUCAGCUAGUGGGCAAGUCUAGGUUUGUCAUAAUAUCAGGUUCACAUCUCCUUAUUUUUAAAAUUCUCCAUUUCCUUCAGCAACUGAUAUUUGUUGUUGGAGACUUGCAACCUGGGGCAGGCCAUGCUAUACCUUGCCAGCAAUAGAAAGUUUUCCCGCUGAUACACAGCAUAGAUGGCUCUUGCGGCUUCGAUGUCUAAGUUCCAAUGUGCUUCUUCUUCUUUGGUCUUAGGCCUAAGCUUGUCUUUGCGAAGCAAGAAGGCUACCCAGACUCUUCUCUAUAGGUAUGUAUUUGUGAAAACUAAUUUAGAAGCUAACAGAGCUACAUAUAUUUAUAGAUAGAAAAAAUAGAGAACUUAUGAAGAUUGAGUUGCAAGAAUCCAAUAAAAAAAUCCAUACAAUAGUUAAUAGAGAUGAAACAAAUAAGAAGGCAGGUAUCUUGGCUCUCUUCCCAUAUAUACUUCGUCUGCCCAAUAUAAUAGAAACAGUAGCAAGCAAACAUUCUUAAAUAUUUAUUUAGUAUAAGCUAGCAGGAGAAAUAAGAUACAAUGCACAGGAACAAUAAACUUCCCCUGGUUGGAGGUUGUUUUAGUCGUUAUGAAGUUGUGUAUACAUGAAACAUAACCAUUUUAUAACUGACACGAUACAUAUCUCAAAUAAUGAAAGAAAACUGGCCAAUUAAAUCUCUGCUCACAAGUAGUGGCUAUGGUAAAAGUUCAGAUUCCAGGUACUUCCUGAGGAAACUAAUGCCAAUGUAUGGACCAUAUUUCUCUUCGGUGAAACAACAUUUCAAACCGUCAGAAAAGUGUUUAAACACAUCAAUAUAUACCUAACAUAUUUCGUGCCGGAACUCAUCAUUGGAGACCGUUCCUCUGUCCUUUGGAAGAGCCAGAAAAAAUGGUUGGAUAUUGUCACCCACUUGAAUUCAAGUAGCUAUCGGCCUCCCAUUUUUGGUAAAUUCCGAGAAAUGACCUAAACCAACGGCAUUAUCAUUAAACAGGGUACAUCCAACCAGAGAGAAGAGCACCACUCAAUGUUGCUCUGCUGCUGGAGAAACUCACUUUUCAAUCUAGCAAAACUAAAACUCAAAUAUGAGCGAGACCUACAUUUUGCGGAAACAAAAAAAACACUUUCUGCGAUUACUGUGAGCAUGUUUUGUAGGAUUCUAAGCAUUACUUCUUAUAGACAUAGAGGAAACUGGCAGCCAACCAGCCGGAAGCGGGCGCCUGAACCCUGCCGUCCGAUACGAUCGGCAUCGCUCCUUGCCGUCCAGGCCACCAUGCCGCAGCUGUGCGGCGACCUCGCUCUUGGCGUCAUCGUGCACCACGCCGCCUCAGCCCGUUUUUUUAACCGAUGGCAAUUCUUGUCAUUAUAACAAAACUGAAAAGGUGUGUUGAGGUGCUCAACGCGUUGGAACGAUCUGGUCAGUUGAUCUGAUAUCGAACGACUCAAAUUUAAUGUAUCCGCAACAUGUUUGCUCUUUUAAUAGUAGUAUAGAUUAUAUAGUAGAGAUAUAUGUCGGUUUCUAAAAUAUGUAUAUUAAGUGCUACUUGUGUUUUGACCCCGGCGACCUUUUUUCCUGGCUCCGCCCCUACUCCCGACGUGGCACUCAUGUACAAGCCAUGGCGCGACACGUUCCCCGACGCCUCUCCAGCUCGAUCGCUAUAAAGAUACCAGGCGACGAAGCGUCUCAUCACACAGCAAAGAGCUCAGCAUCGCCAACGUCCGAAGCAACCAAGUACACUCUUCGAAUCCUAUCCAGCUUUUGGUUUGCACACUUCUGUUGAUCUAUCCAGUUUCUGUUCGUAUCUUUUGAGCCUGCUGCAUCAGCUUGCGAAGAAUGGCUUCUCGACAGGAUCAGGCUAGCUACCGCGACGGGGAGGCCAAGGCCCGCGCCGAGGAGAAGACGGGGCACGUGAUGGGCUCGGCGCAGGAGAAGGCGCGGGAUGCCAAGGACACGGUGUCCGACGCCGCAGGCCACGCCAUGGAUAGAAGCGGCGACGCCAAGGAGGCGACCAAGGAGAAGGCGUACGAGGCCAAGGACGUGGCCUCCGACGCCACGGGCCGCGCCAUGGACAAGGGCCGCGGCGCGGCGGAGGCGACCAAGGAGAAGGGCUGCGAGGCCAAGGACAAGGCGGCGGGGACAGAGGCGGCCAAGCAGAAGGCGUCCGGCGCCGCGCAGUACACCGUGGACACCGCCCAUGGACACGAAGCAGACUGCCGAGGUCGCCAAGCAGUACGCCAUGGACACCGCUGUGGACAAGACCGGCCAACCUCCUCGCACAGAUACUGUCUGUAGGCAGGGGAGACGGUGAAGGGCGCGGCGGUGGGGGCGAAGGAUGUGGUGAUGAACACGAUGGGAAUUGGCGGCGACACCAACGUCCCCGCUAAGGACACCAGCACUACCAAGCCUGAGAGCGGGGCUUAUAUCACAGAUAUAUAGCAGUAAAAGAUCUAGAUAGCAGAUAAUCAUUACCAGGAUAGUACUGGAUAACAAGUCUACAACAUUCUAAAAAGGAUUGUUUUCUACAAGUUGACAUCA